UUUAUCACCUUACAAGUGUUUGAUCAAUUGCUCCAGAGAAACCCCAUUAUAAAUUCAAGAACCCUCACCAACAAUUCUCAAGUCAGGUUAACCACAUGAAAGAGGAGCUAUUAAGACUAGAAGACUGCAAUAUGUAUAUGAAAGAUAAAGGAAGCUUCUUUGCAGACCCCAUUUUGACAAUAAGAGUUAUGAAGCAAGUGACGCCGCCGCCGACACCACCGCAGCCACUUCCGACGACAAACUCAACAGCUAGAAGUGUAUGCAAGCCUAUUGACACGUCCCAGCAGAGCCUAACGCCUUCUCGUUUGAGAGCACCUUCUAAGGUCAAAGAUUCUCCAAAAUCACCAGAGACUGUCAAUGGGUUAUCAUCUUCACCUUCAUCAUCAUCACCAUCACCAUCAUCAUCAAGAGCAAAGUCAGUACCUCCAGACAUGAAGAACAAUUCCAAGGCUAAGAGGGCUCUUCUGCUCAACAAGCCAAAAUCUGGUGAGGUAGCUGUGGGAUCUCAAAAGGCUAAGGAAACCGAAGAGGCCAAAGUUGUGACGGCUCGUUUUGUGAAUCGCCCUGCAGUGGAGCAAUUUGCUCGGCCCCGACGACGGGCGGGGGAUUUUAGUUUGAGAAAGAAUGAAGACGACCCGACUGGGAAGAAGGCAUUGCUGGAGAAACUUGAUUUGAGCGAAAACUUGAUCAAGAAUUUGGAGUCUGAGGUGGUGGCCUUGAAGGCUGAAUUGGAUGAGGUUAAGAGCUUGAACGUUGAAUUGGAGUCUCAGAACAGGAAGCUGACCGAAAAUCUCGCUGCUGCUGAGGCAAAGUUAGUUGCGGCUAGCACCCGUGAAAAGGAGACAAGUGGAGAGCACCAGAGUACCAAAUUUAAAGACAUACAAAGACUCAUCGCUGACAAAUUGGAGCGGUCGAAGGUUAAAAAGGUUGAUACUGUUGAAUCAGUUUUUGUUAAAGCACCGAUUCCAGUGCCAGCAUCCGGAUGUGUUAUUCCUAAAGCUGCAAGUGUCGGAAGAAAACCUCCACCUAGGCCAUGUCUUGCACCGCCUCCUCCGCCACCUCUACCACCUCCAAUCCCAUCCAGGCCUCCAGCAAAAGCAUCUAUCACCCAAAAGGCCCCUGUACUUGUUGACUUGUAUAAUGCUUUAAAGAAGCAAGAAGUGAAGAAAAAUCCAAGAGGAUUAGGGAACUUCCAUAAACCAGUAGCUAUAAGUGCACACAGUAGCAUUGUUGGAGAAAUUCAAAACCGUUCAGCACAUCUCUUAGCAAUAAGGACAGACAUUGAAACAAAAGGAGAAUUCAUUAAUGACCUUAUAAAGAAGGUGGUAGAUGCAGCAUACUCAGAUAUAGAAGAUGUCCUGAAGUUUGUAGAUUGGCUUGAUGGCCAACUCUCAUCAUUGGCCGAUGAGCAAGCGGUCUUGAAGCAUUUUAACUGGCCAGAGAGGAAAGCUGAUGCCUUGCGAGAAGCUGCAGUUGAAUAUCGUGACCUUAAGUUGUUAGAACAGGAGAUUUCCUCGUUCAAGGAUGAUCCUGACAUUCCUUGUGGAGCUGCCUUAAAAAAGAUGGCCAGCUUAUUAGACAAGUCUGAGCGGAGCAUACAGAAGCUAAUCAAGCUGCGAAAUUCUGUCAUGCGAUCAUAUCACGACUUGAAAAUUCCAACAGCUUGGAUGCUUGACUCGGGAAUUAUGUCAAAGAUAAAGAAGCAUUCCAUGACUCUGGUAAAGAUGUACAUGAAAAGAGUGACAAUGGAGCUUGAAUCCAUUCGGAACUCAGACAGAGAAUCUAGUCAAGAAUCUCUUCUGCUUCAGGGUGUGCAUUUUGCAUAUAGGGCACAUCAGUUUGCUGGAGGUUUGGACUCAGAAACAUUGUGUGCCUUUGAAGAAAUAAGGCAACGUGUCCCGGGACACCUAGCAGGAUCUCGAGAACUUUUAGCCGGCAUACCAUCAUCCUGAGAAGCCACUGAUUUUGGGGACCUAAUGGUUAGAAGAAAUAGCUGUUAAGCAUUCAUUAUUCUUUUCCUUAUGAUGUCCAGAGGCCAAUGGUUGCAAGCACAGUAUCAAGUAUCAACCUUUCUGAAGAAAUACGGAGGAACAUGAAGAGGUUUUGAAGAGAGAGCGUUCCAUAAUAAAGUAGCUGAGUAAGUGAAAUGGCUAAUCUUCUGUCAAUAGUGUCAAUGGCGUAGUCAUAUGUAGUUCAUAUCUAUCUAUUUCUGUAAAGAAAAGCCGUGCCGUGUUUAGGCACAUCUCUUAAUGUUUACUGAGCUCUACUAUAAUAAUUGACCUGCAUGUUUAAUGCAUCCUUAUAUUUUGUGUUUAUUUGAUUUUAUAAACGAUUGCUAAAUGUUUUUAUUGAAUAUAGAUUAUGUUUAUGAAA